GACGCAUGCAUCAAAUCCGGGCUCACAUGGCAAGCAUUGCACGGCCCAUCUUGGGCGAUGCGAUCUACGGCGGUUCGAGAAAACUGCCGACAUGUCCUCGUCUGUUCCUACACUGUUGCCGUUUGAAGCUCAUGGACUUGGACGCACGUCAAGUCUGCCUCGAGGCUGAGCUUCCGCCGGCCUUGCGAUCCUUCCUGGCGUCCUUGAAGCCCCUUUAG